AUGUAUAGUAAGAUCUUAUGGAAUAUAUUAAGUUUAAAAGAAGAACAAUUAAAUCUUUGCAUGGAAUCACAUUUACACGAAUUAGCAUUUUACACAUUUGCCAAUAAUGUUCUGGCUGGAAAAGAAAAUCCACCAGAAUCAACACCAUCAUUUAAAAUUCAAAAUUGUAAAACAUUAGCCUAUAUUGUUGGUACAUUUAUUUAUUUGAUUAUUGGUGCAACAAUAUUUGAUAAAUUAGAAUCAAAACAAGAAGAUGUAAGACGAAAUCAUUAUGAAAACAAUAUAACUGUAUUUCAACAACAACAUAAUAUGUCAGAAUAUGAUUUUGAUCGUUUAACAUAUAUUAUAUUAAAAAAUCAUCAAUAUAAAAAAAAACAAUGGCAAUUUAUUGGCUCAUUUUAUUAUUCAACAGUUGUUUUAACAUUAAUUGGUUAUGGUCAUGCAACACCGGCAACAUCAUCCGGAAAAGCUGUAACAAUAGCCUAUGCUUUAAUUGGAAUACCAAUGUCACUGAUUAUGUUUCAAUCGGUUGGUGAACGUUUAAAUUCAUUAAUAACUUAUUGUUUAAAACGUUUAAAACGUCGAUUUAAAAAACGUGAACAUGUUACCGAUAUGGAAUUAUUAACAUGUGAAGCAUUAUUAAGUGUAUUAACCGUAUUAACUGGAUCUUAUAUGUUUUAUCUAAAUGAAAAAUGGUCUUAUUUAAGUUCAUUUUAUUAUUGUUUACUAACAUUGUAUGUAUUUAAAUUUUCAAAAAAAAACAACAAAAAAAAACAAACAAAUUUGAUAUUUAAAUUAAAAUAUCUAUUUAGGACUACAAUUGGUUUUGGUGAUUUUGUUCCAUUACAACAAAAAAAUUAUAAUGAAUAUGCAUGGGCAUAUAUUAUUUUUACUAUUGGUUUUAUUCUUACCGGUUUAACAAUUCUUGCUUCAUCUUCAAAUUUACUUGUAUUAAAAAUGGUUGAAACAGAUACAAAUCGUAUUAAAAAUGAACGAAAUUUAGCACAAGAACGACGUAAACAAGCUGUACGUGUUGUCGGUGAUGUUAUUAGUGCAAAUGGACGUUUAAUAGCACUCGAAGAAACACCAUCUGAAAGUUUAACACAAAUAUCGGAAAGUAUAUCAUUAUGUUCGUGUACAUGGAAUCAACCAUGUGCACAACGACAAUGUUGCUGUUUUAUAUUGAGAAAACGUGGAAGACAAAUGGAACAAACAUAUUCAAAUUCAUCACCAAAACAAAAACAACAAUUUGGUGAUAUUUUAAAUCGAUUAACAAAAGAAGAAUCAUCAACUAAUACAUUAACGAGAUCUUAUUUAGCUCUAGAUCAAAUUCGAAUACAAAAAAGAAAUUCUAUUUAA